AUGGGCACAAACGGCGGCGCCGCUGCACCUGGAGCUCCGGGCAUGAAGCCAUCGACAAGCCCAUUCUCAUCUUCAAGCCCAUUCUCUUCCACCCCAUUUUCCUCAAGCCCUUUCUCCGGCCCCCCGCCAACAAGCAUGAACAUGAAUUCCACAUUCCCAAGAACACACAUGAGUCAGCCCAGCGUCGACGUCAACGGUCUACAGAAUGGCCGGCAUAGCCCGGAUGCAUUUGCCAGUCUGAGCGCUCGCUACGGUUGA